CUAACACCUUACUUGGAUGGGAUAGUGAGCAAAUUGCUUGUCCUCUUACAGAAUGGAAAGCAAAUGGUGCAAGAGGGAGCUUUGACAGCUCUAGCAUCAGUAGCUGAUUCAUCACAGGAGCUCUUCCAAAAAUAUUAUGAUGCUGUUAUGCCGUACCUCAAAGCUAUCUUGUUGAAUGCAACUGAUAAGUCCAAUCGCAUGUUACGGGCCAAAUCUAUGGAGUGCAUUAGUUUGGUUGGAAUGGCUGUUGGCAAGGAGAAAUUCAGAGACGACGCCAAGCAGGUUAUGGAAGUUCUUAUGACAUUGCAAGGAUCGGAGUUAGAGACAGAUGAUCCCACUAUAAGUUACAUGCUACAAGCGUGGGCGAGACUUUGCAAGUGCCUAAGGCAGGAUUUUCUCCCGUACAUGAGUGUUGUCAUGCCUCCAUUGCUUCAAUCUGCUCAACUUAAGCCAGAUGUAACCAUUACCUCUGCAGGCUCGGAGGAUGAUAUUGAUCAAUCAGAUGAUGAAAGCAUUGAAACAAUUACCCUUGGGGAUAAGAAGAUUGGAAUUAAGACAAGUGUCUUGGAGGAGAAAGCUACUGCAUGCAAUAUGUUAUGCUGCUAUGCAGAUGAGCUGAAAGAGGGAUUCUAUCCCUGGAUCGAUCAGGUGGCUCCUACUUUGGUUCCACUUCUUAAAUUUUAUUUCCACGAAGAAGUUAGGAGGGCUGCUGUUUCAGCUAUGCCGGAGUUACUACGUUCUGCUAAAUUGGCUAUAGAGAAGGGGCAGGCUCAAGGUCUUAAUGAGUCCUACGUGAAGCAAUUGUCCGACUACAUUAUACCCGCUUUGGUGGAAGCUCUGCACAAGGAGCCUGAGACAGAAAUUUGGGCAAGUAUGCUGGAUGCCUUGAAUGAAUGCAUACAGAUUUCUGGAACGCUUCUUGAUGAGAGUCAAGUACGAUCUAUUGUUGAUGAGGUAAAGGAGGUCAUCACUGCUAGCUCAACUCGGAAACGAGAAAGGGCAGAGAGGGUAAAAGCAGAGGAUUUUGAUGAAGAGGAAGGGGAGUUGCUAAAAGAAGAAAACGAGCAAGAAGAAGAAGUGUUUGAUCAAGUUGGCGAGUUGCUGGGCACUUUGAUUAAAACAUUUAAGGCCUCUUUCUUGCCUUUCUUUGAUGAGCUUUCGUCAUAUUUAAUGCCUAUGUGGGGUAAGGAUAAAACAGACGAAGAGAGAAGAAUUGCUAUCUGCAUUUUUGAUGAUAUAGCUGAGCAAUGUCAUGAAGCAGCUCUCAAAUAUUACGAUACUUAUCUUCCUUUCCUAUUGGAAUCUUGUAAUGAUGAAAAUUCAGAUGUUCGCCAGGCUGCUGUUUAUGGACUGGGUGUUUGCGCAGAGUUUGGUGGAUCAGCGUUUAAACCCCUUGUGGGAGAGGCCCUUUCCAGGCUAAAUGUUGUGAUAAGGCAUCCAAACGCACUGUCUUCAGAGAAUGUAAUGGCAUACGACAAUGCUGUAUCAGCUCUUGGAAGUAUUGAUGCAGCUCAGGUUGUUCCUGCUUGGUUAAGUUGCCUACCAGUUAAGGGUGACAUAAUAGAGGCUAAAGUUGUUCAUGAUCAGCUUUGUUCAAUGGUAGAAGGGUCAGAUGGAGUACUUCUAGGCCCUAAUAAUCAAUAUCUACCUAAAAUUGUUUCGGUUUUUGCUGAGGUUCUAUGUGCGGGUAAGGAUUUGGCAACAGAUAGGACUUCAGGUCGCAUGGUUAAUCUUUUGAGGCAACUUCAGCAGACAUUACCACCAGCAACUCUGGCACAUACAUGGUCAUCAUUGCAGCCUCAACAGCAGCUUGUGUUGCAAUCGAUUCUUUCAUCAUAAUCCUGUUUGGUUUGGUAGUCCAUUACCCUAUUUACUACCCGAUUCUUUUUUGCAUUCUCCAUAUCAUACUUUCCAGGGUGUUACAUAUCUUGCAAUUGCAAUCCUGUUUGGUUUGGUAUUUUGUCGGGUUCAGAAAAAGCUCCAAGGUAGUCAGUGAGGGAUUUCACUCGUACACUGCAUACCACCUCGAGUAAUACUGAACCCAAACUAUUAGUGGUGUAUUUUGUUUGUCGCAUCGCCAGUAGCACCUUUCCUCACUUCUGUACUUCCAUGUGUACAAUAACAAAAGAAAAUUAAUAGUUAUGGUA